GUUCCUCAGGCAUCUGGGACUUCUACACCUGCUUCCUCUUUACCUCAAGAACUCUCACUACAUGCUGAACCAGUAACACAGACGCCAAGACCUGAAUCUAGAUAUCUGCCUAGAAAGAAAAGAUACGAAAGUUCUACCACAGAUUCACUUGAAGAGUCUCUUUCCCACAGAAAAACAGAAAAGCUAUCUGAGCAAGAGCUUCACGAAGUGUCAGAAAAACUCUCUCGCAGGUUAAAUGAACUAGAUUUAAUGUUAAAGAGCGCUUUGGGUGGGCACACCAGGGAAGAGCUGACAGAUGAAGACAACCUGUCACAGCACAGUGACAGUGUCAUGGAUUAUCGCCGAAGGAAAGCUGAACGAGACAUACCACAUUUAAAGUACCCAGGCAGGCCACGAUCCCUUUCUCCAUCCUCACCCUCAUCUCAGCAUCAGCUCUUUUCUGAGCUGGAAGAUAAGCUUCGCAGUAAUGGAACAGGCCAAAUAAGGAAAAUGCGCAGCCAGUUGCAAAAAGAAAGGGAUGAAAGAACAAAAAAAGCAAAGAUGGUCGCUAAAGCUUAUGAAGAUGAACUAAGAAUUUAUGAAGCGAGGGAGAGGCUUAGACUCUCCAGGCUCAGAGAAGUCAUCAAGGAAACGGAACAAGAAUACAAAGAAAACAUCUUUAAAGAACCUCCAAAAAUGCCUCGGCCAGUGAAAGUUUAUUCUAGAAAAACCACACCUCGGAAUCCCAAAUACAGCCAGUGGAUUCCAAAACGAGGGACUGUGAAGCCAAAGAAAGCAGCUCCAAUGAAAGUAAGAGACAAUGACCUCCUAUUCCAGCUACUGGAAGAGUUUCCCCACCUGCAUAUUUCCCACCAGACUAUGAACAAAAUGUGGCAGCAGCAGCUUGCACAGACUGAACAACUUCAUGCAGCUUCUGGCAGAACUAGACCAAAACUCCAAAAUGAAGUUCAACAAGCCCUGAAGAAGCACGAGCUUCUUGUUGCAAUUAUUAAAAAAGACCAAGAACAUAACAAGAGACUGCAAGAAUUUAAGCAACGUAUCUGCCGGCAGAAAUGGGCUCAGAAUAAAGUGAGAGAGAAACGCCAGCAAAUUGCGCGAGCCAGGAAAUAUUAUGAAGAUUACCGGGUUCAGCUGCGUGCCAAGAUGAUGCGGGCUAGGACACGGGAAGAAAGGAUAUUUAAACACUUAUUCGAAGAAGGCUUAGAAAUUCAGAAACAAAGACUGAAGGAUCUGAGAGCAUAUGCUCAAGAGAAGCGUGCUGAGCAAAGGAGAGAGCAUCAGAAUGAGUUGGAGUCUAUGGAGAACUAUUACAAAGAUCAGUUUUCCAUGCUAGCAGAGGCUUUGUCUCGAGAACGCCAAGAAAUCCAAACCAGAGAGAAAACACAAGCGCAAGCGCUACAGAAAGCCAAGAGAGAACUGAGAUCAAGGAUGGAAAAGGAAAUACAGCAACUGCAAGCAGCAAUAAUGCAGAAUGAUGACGACACCUUUUUUCAAGAACUAGAAGCAGAGAGACUAAAAUCUAGACUUCAGAUGGCUUCCUUUCAGUACAGCAAAAGCCGUCUCUUGUAAGACUUAUAGUAAACGUAACUGCAGUUCUCUCUGGCUAAGAUGAUGAGAAUCUUUGAAAGCUGCUGCAGCAGCAAGGUGGUGUGGGGCUGUUUUUCUCUAAAAGCAUUGUGACAUGGCAGAGGUGCUGCUGCUGGGAUCUCUACAGCACUUUUAUGAUCACCAAUAAAGUUUUUAAACUAC